GCUGCUUGUAUAAAGGGUGCUUUGGUAAUUUCAUACCUCGUUGCCAUUCGACUUUUGUAUACAAUUAUUUGGUUUUACUUUAGUAAUGAAAUUCAGGAGUGUGAAAAUUUGAAAACCUCUCUCUUCUCUUUAUCUCAUCAACCUCAUUCUUCUUCUUAUUUACUAGAUCUCUCUUUUUUUGUUUCAUUUUAUUCUUCUUGUUCAUCUUCUCUUCCUUGCUUUAUCUUAUCUCGCGGCUCUGACCAGCUCUCGAGUUGUUCGUUUCUGGUUAAUGGAUAUUGAACCCUCUUGGGAUCUUGGGGGGGUGGUUAUUUCUAUUUCUAAAUUGCAUGGCAACAUCAAAUGACCAAACCAAUACCAAAUCAUCACAUUCUCAUACUCUUAUCCUUAUCCUCACCUUCUUAUCUUUCCUUCUCCUCAUUAGCCUUACAAUCCCCAUGACUCAUCAUCAAUCCACAUCUACGGUUGCUCCCUGCAAGAGGGUUCUUCUCGAACCUUCGGUUCCAGCUUCAUCGACAAUGGAUCUGCAUCCAAAGGCUCGCACACGACGUAGCCGCGCUUCUAGAAGGAGAGAGUUUGGAAAUGAUGCUCAUGAAGUUCCUAGUGGUCCAAACCCUAUUUCCAACUAGGUUGAACGACAAAGACUGUCGAGAAGAAGAAGCAAAAUUAUUAGACAAGAAUCGGUUCCUAAAUAUAGCUUUUUGUCUUAUCAAAGCGCAGUGUCCGAGAAAAAACCAAAAGCUGAAUAAGAAAAAUGUGAUGAUUUAAUAAUUAUAAUCGUAUCAUUUCCUUGUUGUU